GCUCCGCUCUUCCCUCAAUCGCGCUUCAAUAAAGGGGGGGCUCGUCUACAUUAUAUAUUUUUUUAAUUUUUUAUUAUUAUUAUUAUUAUUAUCGUUCCCGCUGCCGGCUCCUUCGACGACUCCUCGCUUUUUUUUUAAUUUAUUCUUUCCAUCCAUCUCCUUCGUCUUUCCACCGCCUCGCAAGUCUUCGCCCCCCGCCAUGAAUGGUUUCCGGGACAGCAGGAUCGAGGAGGGCACCUUCCUCUUCACCUCAGAGUCGGUGGGGGAAGGGCAUCCAGAUAAGAUCUGCGAUCAAAUUAGUGAUGCUGUUCUCGAUGCGCAUUUGAAGCAGGAUCCAAAUGCCAAAGUAGCAUGCGAAACUGCUGCAAAGACUGGAAUGAUUCUCUUGGCCGGAGAGAUCACCUCCACUGCCGCGGUUGACUAUCAAAAAAUUGUUCGUGAAACAAUCAAGCACAUCGGUUAUGAUGAUUCUUCAAAAGGCUUUGACUUCAAAACGUGCAAUGUGCUGGUUGCUCUGGAGCAGCAGUCUCCUGACAUCGCUCAAGGGGUGCAUCUUGACAGGAAGGAAGAAGACAUCGGUGCUGGGGAUCAGGGUUUGAUGUUUGGUUAUGCUACUGAUGAGACCGACGAGUGCAUGCCCCUGACUCUUCUCCUAGCACACCAGCUGAAUGCAAAACUGGCCGAACUCCGCCGGAAUCAUAUUUUGACUUGGCUGCGACCAGAUUCGAAGACCCAGGUGACGGUUCAGUACAAGCAGGAUCGCGGGGCCGUCAUUCCCAUUAGAGUCCACACGAUUGUCAUUUCCGUUCAGCACGACGACAGAAUUGGACUGGAUGAGAUGAGAGAUGCCCUGAAGGAGAAAGUGGUCAGAACGGUUGUGCCUGCAAAAUACUUGGAUGAUGAUACUAUUUAUCAUCUGCAACCUAGCGGUCGAUUCGUGAUUGGUGGCCCCCAGGGAGAUGCUGGUUUGACUGGCCGGAAGAUCAUUGUUGACACUUACGGUGGUUGGGGAGCCCAUGGAGGAGGGGCUUUUUCUGGAAAAGAUUACACAAAAGUUGACCGUUCGGCUUCUUACGCUGCUCGCUGGGUUGCCAAAUCUCUUGUGAAGUCUGGCCUGUGUCGACGGGUGCUUGUUCAGGUCUCUUAUGCUAUUGGAGUCGCCCAUCCGAUAUCAGUCUCUAUUUUCCACUAUGGCACUUCUCAAAAAACGGAGCACGAACUGCUGGACAUUGUGAAGAAGAACUUCGAUCUUCGCCCGGGGGUCAUUGUCAGGGAGCUGGAUCUGAAGAAGCCUAUUUAUCAGAAGACUGCAGCCUAUGGUCACUUUGGUAGGAACAACUUCCCCUGGGAAGUCCCCAAAAAGCUUAAAUACUGAAUAUGUUGGGCUUCUUUUCCCCCCAGACCUGUUGGUGUACAUUACAGAGAAACCUUCAGGCUCCUUUGUGGGAAAGAGCCCCCAACCCCUCAAUUGGUCCUAUCCUUCUCUGCUCUUAAAACUUGGCACACUGUUCACGACCAUGAAUAAUAUCAGUCCUCUGGGGAGGGGCCGCAAAUUGCACUGUGCUUCCUCCUCUGCCUGGUGUGGGCUUGACGUACGAGCCAGUUUGAGCCUAGGCACCAUACAAAAAAAAAAAACAAAAAAAUACAAAAAAAAUCCAUAGAGAAAGAAAAAAAAGGCUGUAACGGAGACAGUGCUUCAGCCUAACCUUUUGCAUCGCCCAAAGGCUUUAUAAACCUUUAACCUUCGAAAAGAAAAAAAAAUCCCAAGAAAUUUCCCUUGUGAUGUGUAUGCAGUCCGUGGUUUUUACCUCCUCUGCCCAGAUGCUUAGAGCAGGGCGGUGUCAGCAGCCGGUUUUGGAGAAUGCCAAGGCCGCCACCCCAAUUGAUUACUUAGAGAGAGCUUGCAUGUUACACAACUCCCGAUUGCAACUCUUAAAAGUGCGGUUCUUAAAACGUUCCUUAAUAACGGAGGCAGUCCUGAUUCCAUGCUUUUAAAUUCCAAGUCGGCAUCACAUUGUGAUCCUUUCCUGCUGCUUUCUUUGAGGUUCAUUUUUUUUUAUUUUUUACACCUAUGCAGUUUUAGCACUAGCCAGACCUCAAACCCCUUCCCCCACUUAUCAAAUGGGCGCUUGGGCAAUCUUGGUAUACUACAAAGAGGUCAGAAGAUGGUACCCAGGACUUGUAGGCCGCACACUUUUUUGGCACCUGGAUUUUUUUUUAAUUUUUUUUGGUUAGAGCCAAGAAUUUCAUAUUGCACAAAAUUCCCAGUUUACUUUCACAGUCGAGUCCAAACUUGCAUUCUGAAGUACUGGCGUAGCUACAGAGAAGCCAGGCCCCUUCAGAGCACACGUGCAAUUCGGAAGGUUGUGGGAAGAUAACCUACAUACUUGAAAAAACUUUUUAAUAAUUGCUUAUUUAUUGUGUUUGGGAUGGGGUGUGAGUACAGAGAAGCCCUUGUCUCAAAUGGCAGCUUUUAAACUUUACGUUUGACACCAUGAAAUUCCUUGACAGUUCCCAGCAUUCCCUGAUAGGCCAAGGUGUCCUACAGAAAAGCCUUGGGUGUAACCUACAGGGGGUCUGGCUUGUGUAAAACAGGGGAGGGCAGUGCUGGGGGACCUGACCAUAGGAUAAGGCUAACUUGGUUGGUGUUGUACAGAGAAGCCAGCUUGUUUACUUGCCCAUCCCAUGGUCAGUAUCCUAAACAGGAAGUGCCUUUUGCGUUCCACUUUUUUUUUUUUUCCUGGGCGUUUUAUUACAUAUGUCUGGUUCUUGAAAUUCCACAUUAAAAUCUCAAUAAAGUGCUAGGUUCUAUCUUAAAACGA